GUCGGCUCUAUCCAUUGUUACCGUACUUGUGCGCCCAUCGUCUUACCCCAUCCUCUUGACAACCUCAAGACGAGUCUCCACUCUACCUCAUUCUAAAGCCUACAUACCUCCGACAUCCACUUCGUUCACUCGAUAAUUCGUCGCGACGUCUGUUGCAGGCAAUCCAAUGUCAUUUAUGUUACUGUUACGACUCGAUGCGCGCAUCCGUUUUGUAACCCGGGAGACUUAAAGCCUUGUCUCUCAUCAUUCAGCGUCCAUUUCUUCGUGAUAAAUAUUCUUCCCGAGUUCCUGGAUACGCGUCAACGGUGCAGACAGUCAGGCGCCCCUUUGUUUUUUGUGGCACCUGCCCCCUCUUAUUGAAUCAAACCACCACCACCUUGCCUCUCCCACCUACCCCCUCAAAUGCGUUCCGCAUGGCUGAAAGCUUUACACUCACUUAUAUUUCUUCCGCUCGUUUUUGCUGCGUCUGCAGAAGAAUGGUCUAGCAGGUCCAUUUAUCAAGUAUUCCUUCUCGACGUGGACAACAUUGAUAGAGCGUUAACCCGCCUAAUGCAGAUUGUCACAGACCGUUUUGCCUUGUCCACCAACUCUUCUGCGCCGUGUGACACGUCGAAACGGACAUACUGUGGAGGUACAUGGGCGGGAGUCACCAAUCACCUCGACUACAUCCAGGGCAUGGGCUUUGAUGCGUUAUGGAUCUCACCGGUGGUGGAAAACAUGGAUGGAACGGCCUAUGGUGAUGGGUAUCACGGAUACUGGACGCAAGACCUCAAUACCAUCAGUCCUCACUUCGGCACGAGUGACGAUCUGCAUUCCUUGAUCAAUGCGGUACAUGCUCGAGGGAUGUACAUCAUGUUCGACGUCGUUGUGAAUCAUUUCGCUUCCGUGCCGACCAAUACAACCCCCGGCUUCACGUUCGACUACUCGAAACUAGCUCCGUUCAAUAAUCAGGCACAGUAUCAUCCGCUAUGCUUCAUUUCGGACUACACGAACCAGACAAAUGUUGAGCAAUGCUGGCUGGGCGAUGCUGCUCUGCCCUUGCCGGACAUCAAUACGGAGGAUAGUAACGUUGUGACCACUCUGAAUACCUGGAUCAAGAACCUUGUGUCGACCUACAACAUCGAUGGCUUACGAAUCGACACGGUCAAGCACAUCCGGCGGGACUUUUGGCCCAGUUUCUGUUCGAACGCCGGUGUAUUUACUCUGGGGGAGGUUCUUUCUGACGAUCCCAACUUUGUCGCUCCCUACAUGAGCUCGGUAGAUGCUGUGCUCGACUACCCGACCUGGUACAACCUUCGCAGCGCCUUUGUGAACACGACUGGCAAUCUCUCUGCUCUGACAAACUCGCCAUCCUUGUAUCGUCUCUCCAACUCGUCGACAACUUCGCCUGUGCGCACAGCUGCUUUUCUGGAGAACCAUGACCAAGCCCGAUUCGCGUCUUCUACAUCGGAUAUCUCUCUCACGAAGAACGCCAUGGCGUGGCCGUUCGUUGGGGACGGGAUCCCGAUCAUGUAUUACGGACAAGAGCAGGGCUAUGAAGGAGGCUCGGACCCUUCGAAUCGCGAAGCCCUGUGGCUCAGCGGAUAUGCGACAGGCAAGCCCCUUGUUGCACAUGCGAAAUCCUUGAACGUCGCUCGCAAGCUUGCCAUCGCAGGCAAUGCCAGUUUCCUGUCUGGCGAGGCGACGUGGAUCCCGCAGUCGGACCCGAGUUCUAUCAUGCUCUCAAAACCACCGAUGCUGUCGCUGUUUACGAACAUUGGGACCGCGUCGUCUCGUCAACCAACAUGGACCAUCCCGGCCAGACUGUAUCCUGUCAACAGCACUCUGGUAGACACCCUUUCUUGCCGCAAAGUAGCCGUCAAUGGCACAGGCGGAGACACCUCUGUGACUGCUGUGCAAGGCUUGCCCCAGGUUCUUAUUCCAUUGAGCAUGCUCACUGCCCAGGCCGGGCUCUGUCCCUCGCUCGUAACUUCAGCCCAAAGCGCAGCACCACCGAGUCACCGGAUCUCUCUCUCACUUUUGGUAUCCACACUGUCUAUAUUAGCGUAUUCGUUAGAGCUCUAAUAGCGUAAUUCUGGAAUGCUACAGACCUGUUCUUGAAAAGGAAACUGGGAGUGCCACGCAGAACCCGUGACCGCGACACUCCUUUCACUUAACCUCUGCUAUGGCGAGCAGACGCAUGUCCCAGUCAUUUACCCUAGAGAAUUCGCAGGUCUUGCUAGAUGACCCAGAGGGCGCCGAUAAAUGGGUAGAGGAGUGGAGCACAGUCCUUGCUCAAGACCUUAUCGAUGGUGACUCGAGGAUUGUAGAUGUGGAUGCGGAUAUGACUGUCGAGGGGGCUUGUGAGCUCCUUCUCUCGGAGAACAUCUUCUGUCUCGCUGUCAAAGACACUCAAGCCGAUCCCGCUCGUCCGUACAUCGGACUCUUCGAUUUCGCAGACGUCAAUGCCUUCUUGACUUUUGCUGCGACGCGGCAUACGCUUCCUAAAGAUGAAGUGCUGGAAAACCCACGCAUAAACUCAAUAAUGAUUGCUGCUCGCGACGGCAGCAUUCCCAUUCGCCUGGUCAGCAACUUGUCGGACAAGAAUCCCCUCGAGAUCUUGCCCAGCGAUGCGACGAUUGUCUCUCUUCUUGAGGUGUUCUCCAAGGGAGCUCAUCGGGCGCUUAUAUCUUCUCCGAAUGCCAGCGAACCUUAUCUGGGCUUCGUGUCUGACCGACAACUUCUGGCGUGGUUUGCUGCCUAUAGCCCCAUCGAAUCCUUUCUGACAACGCCUCUGUCCCAUUUAUCCCUGCCGUCACUGAAUGUCUUCACCAUUGUCAUCACUGCAAACAGCAAGGCCACUGUUCUCGACGCCAUGAAACUCAUGAGCGAAGAAGGUGUCAGCAGCGUCGCCGUGCUUGACGAUGACAGUGGUGUGCUGCUCAGCGCUGUCAGCGUUACGGAUAUAGGGAGGAUUUUGGUGCCAUCUGAGACCAACCAAGUCUUGAGUACCUCACUGCAGCAGUUUGUUAUGCAGAUAAAGGAUCCCCAUGGAAGGACGGAUGGCGUGGACAGAUUUCCUGUGUAUGCUGUUUCGCCAACGUCUCCUCUCUUCCACACCAUUCAGAAGCUGUUGACCACCAACUCACAUCGAAUGUUCGUAGUACAUGAGACUGGCACUCUAUCCGGCGUCGUCUCUGUGGUUGACGUAUUGUCUGUGUUUGCCCGGUUAGCUCAUUUGCCAGACGUCGAUCCAGCACGAAUGAGACGUCAUCGCCGGGCUUCCUCUACUUCCUCUAGUCGUUCAAGUGAAGGUAUUGGAUUAACUAGAACACCCAGCC